AUGACUUCACUACCAUCAAACUACGGCGACCGCCCGGUUGCUGUGCUGGGAGGCGGCGUACUCGGCCGUCGCAUUGCCUGCACAUGGGCAUCCGGCGGCUACAACGUCCAGGUCCGCGAGCCCGACUCCAAGCAACACCAGCCCUGCCUGGACUACGUUAAGCAAAAUGUCGACACAUACCCAGCAUCAGGCCGCAAGCGCGCCGGAACCGUCCAAGUCUUCACUGAUCUCGAAACCGCCGUCGCAAAUGCCUGGCUCGUAAUCGAAGCCGUCCCCGAACGGAUCCAAAUCAAGACGGACACCUUUGCCGACCUGGAGGUCCAUGCACCCGCGGACGCCAUUCUCGCCAGCAACUCGUCAUCGUACAGAUCCUCAGAAAUGCUCGGCAAAGUGAGGGAUGAAACCAAGACGCGCAUCAUGAACACGCAUUACUACAUGCCCCCGCACAACAUGGUUGUCGAGCUGAUGACGGACGGAUUCACGAACCCGGAGAUUUUCCCGUUCAUGACGGAGAGGCAGAAGGAGGUUGGAACGAGACCGUUUACUGCGCGCAAGGAGUCUACCGGCUUUGUUUUCAACCGGUUGUGGGCUGCGAUUAAGAGAGAGACGUUGUCGAUUCUCACUGAGGGCGUGUCGAGCCCAGAGGAGAUCGAUACGCUAUUCUACGAACUCAGCAAACACGGCAAGGGCCCUUGCACGAUGAUGGACGGUAAGUUUGCAUUCAUACGCAAGUUUUCCGCAGAUCAAGUAGCUAACGAAAUCACAGAGGUCGGUCUCGACACCGUCGCCUUCAUCGAAGACCACUACGUCAAGGAGCGCGGCCUGUCUCCCGAGAACACAGUCGACUUCCUGCAACGCGAGUACAUCUCCAAGGGCCGUCUCGGCAACAAGUCAGCAAAGGGCGGUCUUUACCCCCACCUCCCCAAGGUCAUCGCCCUUGACCUCGGCUUGGCCAACGAAAACGACGCUUCGGCCUCUGGACAGGUUCUCCAACUCUCGUCAGAGGGCAAGCUAGAACGUGUUCUCGUCGAUCGGCAACACGUCCCCGACGGCAUCGACAUUGACGCCAAUGACACCCAGCGCAUGAUUUGGACCUGUAUGGGUACACCAGGCAAGCAAGACGGCGCCGUCCUUUCCUCGAACAUCGAUGGCACAGACGUCAAGUCCCUCUUCGAGCCUGGUACCAUCAACACGCCCAAACAACUCGUCAUCGAACCGGCCUCGAAGAAGAUUUACUUCUGCGACCGCGAGGGUAUGAAAGUCUACCGCUCCAAUCUUAACGGAAGCGACCUCGAGACCCUCAUCAUUGGCGGCAACGACGCUUCUGAUUUGAAGACUUGGUGCGUCGGCAUCUCCGUCGCGCCAAAGCUGGGCAAGUUCUACUGGACCCAAAAGGGCGCGCCAAAGUCCGGACAGGGCCGCAUCUUCUGCGCGAACAUUGAGAUGCCGGCGGGCAAGACGGCUGAGACGAGAGACGAUAUCGAGUGUUUCCUUAGCGACUUGCCAGAGCCGAUUGACUUGGAAGUUGACGAGGAGACACAUACUAUUUUCUGGACUGACCGUGGAGAGAUUCCCAAGGGCAACACGCUCAACCGGGCGAAUAUCGACCCUAUGACGGGAUCGUUGUUGCUGUCUGAGGGGUCCAGGAAGUAUGAGAUCUUGGUGAGACAUCUCAAUGAGGCGAUCGGUGUCAAGCUGGACCAGGAGAACGGACAUGUUUACUUCAGCGAUCUUGGCGGCAGCAUUUAUCGCUGCAAUGUGGAUGGAUCUGAGAAGAAGAAGAUCUUCUCUGACGAUAAUCGCACUAUCUCCGGUAUUGCUGUUCUUCGAAUUUAG